CCCCCCACCGGUCGCCAUGGCAGCAGCGGUGCGCUUCGUGGUGACGCCCAGCCGGGGGGGGGAGGCAUCCGAGAGCAGCCCCGAGCCCCCCUCGGCCUCCAGCUCCCGCCCCCCCCCUUCCGACAGCAGCCCCAGCCCCAGCGAGGCCUCGGCCCCCCCCCGCGCCGAGCGUGGUACGGCCCGCGGGGGGUGGGCGGGGCCUGCGGGCGAGGGUCGGGGCUUGAGGGCGAGGGGGCGGGGCCUCGCUCAUCGCCCGCCACCCCCGUAGGCCACGCCCCUCAGCCGCCUGGCCACGCCCCCGCCGGAGGCCACGCCCCCUGCGACCACAACCUGGCGCUGUUCGAGGAGGAGCUGGCUGCCCGGCCCCGCGUCCCGGCCCUAUUACGCCGCAUCGCCGCCUACAGCAGCCUGGGGCCCGACAGCGAGCUGGGGCCCGGCCCGCGGCGGGCGCUGGGCACGCUGUGCGGGGUGGCGACGCCGUCGCUGCAGACGCUGCUGGGGCUGGUGCUGGUGCUGCGGCUGCCCUGGGCUGUGGGGUCGGGCGGCGUGCUGCAGGUCUGCGGGGUCGGCGUGCUGCUGGGCGCCUGCGCCGUGCUCACCGCCCUGUCCCUCAGCGCCAUCGCCACCAACGGGGGUGCCCCCGGGGGCGGCCCGCUGGCGCUGCUGUGGGGGGCGCUGGGCCCCGAGGCGGGGGGCGCGGUGGGGCUCUGCGCCUUCCUGGGGGCCGCCUUCGGGGCCGCCAGCGCCGCCCUGGGCGCCGCCGAGCUGCUGCUGGUGUACGUGGUGCCGCAGGCGGCCAUCUUACCGGGCCACGGCCGCGGGGCCCUGCUGGCCAACGGCCGCGGCUACGGCUCGGGGCUCCUGGGGCUCCUGGGGCUGGGGGCCGCCGCACCCCCUGCCGCCCGCGCCGCCCCCCUGGGCCCCGCCGGGCUCCUGCUGGCCCUGCUGGGGCUGCAGGCGGGCGCCCUCCGCGCUGCCCUGCCGGGGGCGCGCCCCACGUUGUGCCUCCCGCAGCCCCCCGGCGGCCAUCUCCAGCCCUGCCCCGCGCCGCGCCGCGGGGACAACAGCAGCGCCGCCCCCCUGCCGGCCGUACCGGGGCCCAGCGCCCGCCUGCUGGCCCGGAACCUGUGGCCCCCGGAGCCGCCCCUCGGCGACGCCGCCGCCACCUUUGGGCUCCUGCUGGGUCUCAGCCUCCCCACUGCCUCCGGGGUGCUGUGGGGCUGCAGCCACGCCGGGGAGCUGCGCGACGCCGCCCACUCCAUCCCCGCCGGUAGCGUCGGGGCCGCUGUCGGCAGCGCCUUGGGGUACCUGAGCGCGGCCCUGCUGCUGGGAGCCUGCGUGGAGGGGCAGCUGCUGCGCGACAAGUUCGGCUCGUCGCUGCGGGGCCGCCCGGUGCUGGCGGCGCUGUCGUGGCCAUCCCCGUGGCUGCCGCUGGCGGGGGCGCUGCUGGCGGCGGGGGGCGCGGGGCUGCAGGCGCUGGCGGGGGGCUCGCGGCUCCUGAGGGGCCUGGCCCGGGCCCGCGCCCUCCCCCUGCCCCCCGCGCUGGGGCGCGGCGAGCUGUGGCCGCUGGCGGUGACGGCGGCGGUGGCGGAGCUGGGCGUGCUGCUGGGCUCCAUCGACCUGGUGGCGCCCGUCCUGUCCGUGUUCUCGCUCACCGCCUACCUGUGCCUCAACCUGGCCUGCGCCAUGCAGGGGCUGCUGACGGCGCCCGGCUGGAACCCGCGCUGCCGCCUCUACCACUGGGCGGUGUCGCUGGCGGGCGCGGGGCUGUGCCUGGCCCUGAUGUUCGCCACCUGCUGGUUCUACGCCCUGCCGGCACUGGGCAUGGCAGGCAUGGCCUACACCUACGCCGACCUCCAGGGCGCCCCCUCAGAGUGGGGCGAGGGCUUCCGCUCCCUCCCCCUGAGCGCCGCCCUGGCGGCCCUACGGCACCUGGAGCAGCGCCCGCCGCGGCGGCCCCAGCUGCUGGUGCUGCUGAAGCUGGACGCCGAGCUGCGGGUCACCCAGCCCCAGCUGCUGGCCCUGGCCGCUCAGCUGCGGGCCGCCGGCGGGCUGACGGUGGCCGCCUCCGUGCUGCCCGGGGAUGUGCUGCAGGCCAGGGAGCGCGUCAGGGCCGCCGAGCAGGCGCUGCGGGGGGCGCUGGCGGGGGCGCGCUGCGGGGGCUUCGUGCAGGUGCUGGCGGCCGGGCGGGCGCGCGAGGGGCUGGCGGCGCUGGUGCAGGGCUGCGGCCUGGGGGCCCUGCGCCCCGACACCGUGCUGCUCGGCUGGCCCCGAGGCUGGCGCCGCCGCGACGACCCCGCCGCCGCCCGCGACUUCGUGGAGCUGCUGCGGGUGGCAGCGGCCGGUGGCCGGGCCCUGCUGGUGGCCAAGGGGCCGCUGGGGACCGGGGCACCGGGGGGGUCCCUGGACGUGUGGUGGGUGGUGGGCGACGGGCGGCUGCUCACCCUGCUGCCCCUGCUGCUGCGCCAGCACCCGGCGUGGCGCGGGUGCCCGCUGCGGCUCUUCGCGGUGGCGCUGCUGGAGGACAACAGCCUGGCCCUGGGCCGCCUGCUGCAGGCCUUCGCCCAGCGCCUGCGCCUGCCGGCCCGCACCGAGGUGGUCGAGCUGCACGACAGCGACGUCUCCGCCUACACGUACGAGCGCACGCUGAUGAUGGAGCAGCGCUCCCGCAUGCUGCGCCAGAUGCGCCUGGCGCGCCAGGCCUGGCACGGCUCCGCCCCCCCCAGCGGAGGGGAGGAGGAGGAGGGGGGGGGAGGGGGCGGCCCCCGGCCGGGCCCCAGCCCCACCAACGUGCGGCGCAUGCACGCGGCCGAGCGGCUGAACGAGGCCAUGGGGCGGCGCUCGGCGGGGGCGCGCCUGGUGCUGCUCGACCUGCCGGCCCCGCCCCCCGCCUCGCCCCGCCCCCGUGACGACAACUACGUGGAGUUCCUGGAGGUGCUGACGGAGGGGCUGGGCCCCGUGCUGCUCGUGCGGGGCGGCGACUAGCCCAGUAUGGACCAGUAUAAACCGGUAUGGACUGAGUAGGGAACCAGUGUGCACCAGUAUGAACCAGUAUGGAACCAGUACGGGCCCAGCAUCGCAGCAAGCGGCUUCCCAGUAUGGGCUGCGCUGCUCCCAGUAUGGCUCCGCCACUCCCAGUCUGGGCCCGGAGCUCCCAGUACGAGCACGGCACCGCUCCCAGUACGAGCACAGCACCGCUCCCAGUGCUCCCAGUACGAGCACGGCACCAAUAAACCAGUUCCUACCC